ACUCCAUAGCACUGUCUAUAAAAAAGAAAGAAAAAAAAAAACAAAAAAAAAAAACAAAAAAAAAAGAAAAAUGAAAGAAAAGAAAACAAAAAGGAAGAAAAAAAAAUAAGAAAAGUAAACGAAUUUUUUGAAAUGAUAAAAUGCACAAAGUGAAAUUAGGAUUAAAUGGAUAAAUACAGAUGGCGCGAUGUAAUCGAUUAGAGAUUCUCAUUUAUUCGAUCGAAUAUAAAUUUUUUUCUUUCUUUCUUUUUUCCUUUUUUUUUUUUUUUUUAUUGACACUUAAAGGUUAAAUAACUAAUAAAAAGAUUUUCCUUUCAGGAUAAUUAUAUUCAAAAUUCGUCGUUUUAAUUUUUUCUUUUUUCUCUCUUUUCUUUUUUUUGGUUUUUUUUUUCCUCUUUUUUUUCUUUUUGUUUUUAAAUUCAAUGCACGAACGAAUUGACGUCAGAGUCAUUAAAUGGCCACCUUAUUUUCAACGAGUUCAAAUUUAUGGGAUCGAUUCGAAUCGAUGGAUUCUCGAUUGGGACGAUUCGAAAGUAGACCUUUCAAUGGUGGACAACAACAACAACGACCGUCGUCGAGUAAAUUUAAAGGUGAAAAAAAUUUAAUUGAAAAAUCGAUAAAUUACGAACGAUCUAAUAAUAGUCAAGCCGAUAAGAAAAUUUUAUCGACGAGGAAGAGGCAUGUGAAUUAUUAUAUUUCGAAUGAACCAUCGUCCUCGUCACCAAUGAUCUCUACAAAAAGUCUCAGGAAUGUUUCGAACAACAAGGACAAUUCUUUCAAAGUAAAGACGUCGGCCUUACUCUACGAGAUAACAGAACGUAUAAAUCGAUUGGCACAACCGCGCAUACGAACGAACGUUCUCGAUCCAACAGAAAAUCGUACAAAUUUGAAUAAAAAAAUUCCAAAGGCAACGCCAAGAAUUCUCGAACUUUCGAAACCAAAAACAAUUUACGUGCCACCAUCUAAAUUACUUCAUUACGUCGCACCGGCUGCUUUAUUGGCAACUCGUUAGUAAACGCACACACACAUACGAAUGUAUAUAUAUAAUAAUUUUUUUCAUUUUUUAUCAUUUUUUUUCUUUCUCCACCCACUCACCCAUUCCUCUACUUCCUACACACACACACACACAUACACACGAAUAUAUAUAUAUAUAUAAUUAUUUUUCUAUUUUUUAUCAUUUUUUUUCUUUCUCCACCCACUCAACCACUCCUCUAUAUUACACACGCGUGCACACAUACAUGCAUGCAUACACAUACGCCCACAAAAAGAAAAAAUGUUCUCCUCACUUCGUUAAUAAUUAUUUUUAUUUAUUUAUUUAUUUUUCCUUUUUUUUUUUUUUUUUUUUUUUUUUUUUAA